ACUAUAAUAAAUAUGAAUCUUAUGGCGUGAGCAACCUGCAGCCAUAAUCCAGUUAACGGUUCAUACUUCGCAUGUGUAUAUGGUAGUAGCAUUAAGUCGUUUCGGCCAAUAUAAGGUUCCUUGUGGAUUGGGCUUUGUUCGCUCUAACUUAAUUGUCAAAGGGGUUCCAUGUGAUUAAAGUGCAAACGAUCGGGUGAAUAUACAUAUACUUCUACUUCGUGGUGAAUACAUGGACGAUUAUACUACCUAUUUGAUACAAGAACAGCAGUAACAAAGAAGCGUAUUACGAUCAUUGUGUGACUCGGAUAUUGGCGCUGUGAUAAACGAACUCUCAGCCACAGUGCGGCGUAGCGCAGUUUCCUCAGUUUCCAUUCAUUUUGUGCUGGGAGCUCAAGUAAAUAUUUACUCAAUAUGCUGUUGUGAUGGGGAUGGAAACACCGCAAUGCUGGCUACCCUGAGCCCUGAUCCUCUUUCCUCACGAACAAAAAAGGAGGCCAAGAGAUGCCCAAGAUCCCUAUAUUGGGUAAAUAACGUUCGUCUUGCGGAAGAAGUUGGAGAGGGGUGACUACACUCACAAAAUACCAACCACUGGAUAAUAAACGAGAUGGCUGCAAAAAAUGAUGUGGCUCUUACCAAUGACAACUCCAAUGGUGUUUAUACAUUACCUGCAAACAGCACUAUUAACAAGGAAAGUCUCAAGAUCGUAGAAUCGGAGGGAUCUAUUCAUCUAGAUCCACCGAGUUAUUUGUACAGUACAGGAUCGGGACAAAUCAUCAGAGAUUUAGAACAAGAACAUGGUGUACACGAUCGCGUUUCCGAGGACGAGCUUGGGCCACUUCCACUCAACUGGGAGAAAGCUUAUACAGACACCGGCGAAGUUUAUUUUAUAGAUCACAAUAGUGGAACUUCUCAUUGGCUGGAUCCGCGACUUUCAAAGUUCCAGAAACGUUCUCUGGAAGAAUGUUUGGACGAUGAGCUUCCUUACGGAUGGGAAAAAAUUGACGACACAUUAUACGGCACAUACUUUAUCGAUCAUGUGAAUCGACGAACUCAAUACGAGAAUCCUGUUCUGCAAGCAAAGCGAGCUCAGCAAAACUCGCGGGAACCUAAGAGUCCUGUUUUUACUAGGAACCCUGAAAAGCUCAAGGGACCAAGAAUACGAAGCACUCUUCUCAAGGGCGCCAGAGGUCUUGGUUUCACUAUUGUAGGAGGAGAUGACACAGUUGAAGAAUUUCUGCAGAUCAAAAGCGUUGUGCCAAAUGGACCUGCCUGGCUUGAUGGAAAAUUGCAGACCGGUGAUGUCCUUGUCUAUGUCAACGAUAUGUGUGUGCUUGGAUACACACAUAAUGAAAUGGUGGAUGUAUUCAAGUCCAUAUCAAGUGGAGAGACAGUCACCCUUGAGGUUUGCAGGGGCUACCCUUUGCCUUUUGAUCCUAAUGAUCCAAACACUGAAGUUGUGACAACUAUAGCAGUAAAUGCGCCUGAUAUGCCAAUGGAAAAUUCGAGUUUCUACAUGGACGUCGAUCCGCUCCUACGCAACAGGGAACGGUUUAAUUUCGUUGAUGGAAGCUUUUUGCCAGUACAUUCCAUGCAAAAUGCGGAAGGCAUGGUCACUGCUUCGGUAAAUUCUAUGCCCGAUCUCUGUAUCUCAGACAAAAUGGCAACGAUAAAACGACCGAGCAGCACGGACAUUCUACUGUGUGAUGAAACUAGGCGAGUAGCAGAGGUAGAGGAGGAGGAGGACGAAGAUGAUAAUGUGAAUGACCACAGUAAUGACAAUGACAAUGUCGUCGAUAGUGGCGAGGGUGAGGAAUUAAAGGAUCAAAGAGCGCAGAACAGAGGAGAACAAUCGCAGAUAUAUUCCGAACACCCGCAGCCGCUGCUGAUGUCAGCUAAGCCCGAAUUUCUCAGCAUAUCGAUCGUCAAAGGUACAAUGGGUUUCGGCUUCACGAUAGCUGACUCGGCCCAUGGACAAAAGGUAAAAAAGAUCCUGGAUCGUCAGAGAUGCAAAAAUUUAGUUGAGGGCGACAUAUUGGUAGACAUAAAUGUUACCAAUGUCAGGAACAUGUGUCAUUCGGAGGUCGUGCAGGUGUUGAAAGACUGUCCCAGGAACAGGGAGGCAGUUAUACAUGUCCAGAGAACACACAAGACCAAGGAGAAAAAAGAGAGAAAUACCACAACAGGUCUUUUUAGAAGUAAAACUCCGACCGCAGAUCUCUACAGUACUCGUGCCAAGACAAUUGUCCCUAGCCGGCCAAAAACUCCAUUGGUGGAUACCAGGGGUCCGACACACAGGCCAAAGACACCCACGACUGACACAGAUAACUCAGGGUGGUCAUCUGAGAUGCAAAUCGAUGGCAGUUCGAUCAGCGACCAUCCUUACAGAUACACCAAUCUUGGCAAAGUGAUCAACUUCUCAGAGCCCCUUGAGUACAGGGAAAGUAUAACUGAAAGGUUGGCCGAAAACUUUGCGCUUCACACCAAGCUGGACGAUGCAGUGCCCGUGUUGGGGUUGGACAAACUGCAGUGGGGUGCUGCAAAAGAUGAAGAUCGUGAGGAAAAAGGCAGCUCUUGCAACGAUGCUUAUUCCAUCGACGUUUCCAGGCAUGACAUUUCAGGCUCUAAUCAUAAUGGUGGACAACGGGGUGAUUAUUACAGAGAUUCAUACCUGGUGCAGUCUCAUGAACGACACGACGAUCAACAUCUGGAUUAUCACACUUAUAGCAUCGGACAGGAGCAGAAUGUAGACACGGGAGAGAUCUGGGGGAAUCGGAAAGAAAGUACCAGCUUUGAGCAUGACCAACCGCAACACUCUGGUUCUCUUGCUAGAUAUCAUCAGCAUUACGGAAGUGAGGUGAUUUUCCCAGUGGCUCCUGGCGUUCAGUGGAUUGAAACACUGGUCACUCUUGUACGACAGAACACCGGGUUUGGUUUUCGAAUAGUAGGGGGUACAGAGGAAGGAUCACAGCAGGUUUCAGUUGGACAUAUUGUGCCGGGUGGAGCUGCUGAUUUGGACAACCGCCUGAUAACAGGUGAUCUGAUAAUGUCGGUGGACGGAGAGAGCGUUAUGAACUCUUCGCAUCACCAUGUCGUUCAGCUAAUGAUAACGGCUGCGCAGAACGGACGAGUAACGCUUGGUAUUCGUCGACGGGUUAACAUUCAAGAUGGCCUUCAAUCCUACGAUGCCCAUCAGAAUCCACAGUAUCCAUACGAUAUCUCCGUGUCAAGGGUGGAAAAUGAAGGAUUCGGAUUUGUCAUCAUAUCAUCAUUGAAUAAGGCAGGUUCUACUAUAGGGAGAAUCAUCGAGGGGUCUCCAGCGGCGAAGUGUGGACAGCUAAACGUAGGAGAUCAUAUUUUAGCCGUUAAUCACGUUGACAUUGCCAAUGUCUGUCACAAGGAUAUCGUGAAUCUCAUCAAGGACUCGGGAUACUCUGUGACUCUCACCAUCGGUUAUCCAUUGGAUGAUAAUUGCUGCAGCACUCCCUCGUUAUCGCAAAAGGAUGAACAAGCAGGCGACGGGGAUGGUGGACAAUACCACGCUGUUGAGUUGACCAGGGGAACGCGGGGCUUUGGGUUCAGUAUCAGGGGUGGACGAGAAUUCCAAAAUAUGCCGUUGUUUGUACUACAGAUUGCCGACAAUGGGCCAGCAUCGGUGGACAGCAGGCUACGUGUUAGUCAUCCGGAAUUAUUCGAAUCAAGCUUGCUGUGUGGGCGAUCAGAUAAUCGAAAUAAACGGAAUAAAUACGAAGAAUAUGACGCACACAGAAGCAAUCGAGAUAAUUCGUAACGGUGGUCCCUCAGUUCGACUUCUGGUAAAACGGGGUUGUCAAAUGCCCCCGGUUGUAGGAGCUUCAACGCAUCUUUAUGACAUGAAUAUAUGAAUAUUUAUGUGAGCACGUUAGAGAAAUGAUUUGCUUCGAUGAAAACCAAGAAAAGUUCAAACUGACUUUCUGAAAACUUUCUGACAAGAAAAGUUAAGACUGCAAAGCCUUUAUAUUAUUGUGAUAAUUCCUUCUUCGGAAUUGUGCCUUUUGUAAGUGUUUGGGGUCUUUCUAAAUAGUUGCCACAAUGUAGGUCUCUAAUAUAGUUCGAUAUAGUAUACACAAUAUUAAGGCUUGGCAACAAGCAAAAGAAAGCGUUUGAUUAAUUUAAUGAGAAUUCGUAAAGAAACUUUUUACCAUGUAGUAUCUAUGCACCCGGUAAAUAGAAAUUGUAGAACACUAGAAGCUCAAAUAACUGGGUAUGCGAUUAUGCCUAAUAAGUACGUACGUACAAAGGUGUACACACUCUUCUUGUAUUUCGAACCAGGAUAAUAUUUUUGAGUCACCACUGCUGAUCGAUAGCAGGUUAUUAUCGUUUCUUCAGUUUCGGCAAAGAUGAAUCGUAAAUGCACGUAAAUUUGGAUGUGUGUCGCUCCAAAAACUAUUCGUCGCGUUCAACACAAUAGUAUACUUAUACAUUCUGCUACGAAUAAUGUUAUCAGAUCUCAAGAGAAAGGCAAACAACGCCAUUUGGCCUCAAAGUUUAUUUCCAGUUGUUUGUGUUUUUACUUAUUUAUUUGUUUUUUUUCUCAAAUAAAAUCUUCAAUAAUACUUGUUAACGGAAAGGGCCCCAAUUAAAUAAUGCAUUUUGCAUUGCGUAAAUUGAU